UACCAACGACCGGAUUUGGUGUGUGGUAGUAGCAGGUAAAUGAACAUUUUUAUUCAUUUACCUGCAAUUAUAUCUUCAUUACUGUCAGGGUCCUGGGUCUGAGCGAUCCAGGACCCCUGAGCAGUCAUGGACUUGUUAUGUUGUGUGUAUAUAUAUUUGGUGUUGCUGUCCCUCUUCUCCCUGUCUGGAUGUGUGUAUGUGUUUCUGCGGGCGCCUUCAGGCCUGGUGGGUGUGGCCCUGCUGGUGGACUGGCCACACCCGAAGCCACACACCUGCUCCUGAUCAGGCCUCGUCGGGGGAGCUACUUAAGAGAGUCUUGGAGCUUCCACCGGCGCGGGAUCAUUGAGUUAGACUCCCAAGAGGAGCGUGGAGAGGAAGGACAGCACGCACAGGGUGUGCAGGUUCACGACAGCGGGGAGCACGAACACAGACGCCACUGGAAGACACACACGGGAGUGUUGGGGAGCACGGGGAUUAAUUGUGCAUUAUUAUUUACUACACUGUAAAUAAACGCACUGUUUGCAUCGCAGAGCACCGCAUCUGGGUCCUCCUUCCCCCACAUCCCCACGGUCUGCUUGGCGGACCGUGACAGAAUGAUCCCGCCAAGCAUGGACCCAGCGGUCUCUGAGGAGAGGCUUAGGAGGGAGGUAAUGGACAAGGUUUAUAGACUCUGUGAGCUAUGGUGGGAGAAGGAGGGGUUGCGUCGCGCCCUGGAGAAGCGGCUGCAGGAGACGCUGGUUAAAUUCCCCUGGCUGGUGGACUCACUUAAUUCAGUUGUCCUGGACUUUCUUCUCUCUACCCUCCACCUCCACUCUCCUACUCAGGCUGCCCACCAGCCCGGCGAGCUGGGGGAUUCGCAGCCUGAUACGCCGGCCCCGACGUCUACCCGGAAACGACGUUCGCGCCUCCGGCGUUCCUCACCGCAGCCGACUUCCCGGACAUCUCAAGAGCCGGCUGUGGUGAGUAAUGAGGACACUUUUCCAUUUCUCACCCCAUCUGCUUCUUUGUUUACAGUGGAUGGAGACACCGCUGACGCUGCUGUAAGCCAGCCAACAGUACAGCUAGCAUCACCUCAUUCAGCGAUCUCCUCACCGCUCACCUCUUCACCAUCUGUAGCAAUGCCACCAGCUACAACGCCGCCCGAGCGGGAGCUCAGCGAGCCGGAGGAGCUCGCGCCGCCCAAGCGGGAGCUCAGCGAGCCGGAGGAGCUCGCGCCGCCCGAGCGGGGGCUCAGCGAGCCGGAGCUGGAGCUCGGAGAGCGGGAGGAGCCCGCACCGCCAGCUGUGGAGCCCUGCGAGCCGGAGCAGGAGCUCGGAGAGCGGGAGGAGCCCACACCGCCAGCUGCGGAGCCCUGCGAGCCGGAGCCGGAGCUCGGAGAGCGGGAGCAAGAGCCGGAGCUCGACGAGCAGGAGCAAGAGCCGGAGCUCGACGAGCAGGAGCAAGAGCCGGAGCUCGACGAGCAGGAGCAAGAGCCGGAGCUCGACGAGCAGGAGCAAGAGCCGGAGCUCGACGAGCAGGAGCAAGAGCCGGAGCCGGAGCUCGACGAGCAGGAGCAAGAGCCGGAGCCGGAGCUCGAGGAGCAAGAGCCGAAGCCGGAGCCGGAGCUCGAGGAGCAAGAGCCGGAGCCACCAGCUGAGGAGCCAGCGCUGCUGCUGGACCUCGACGAGCCGCAGGGACUGGCGUUGCCAGCAGAGGAGCUCAGCGAGCCUGUGGAGCACGCGUUGCCACCGGAGCAGCUCGGAGGUCUGGAGAGACCCACUCAGCCGGAACUGGAGCGCUCUCUCCACGCCAUCGACGUCCAGCACGUCCACGUCAGCGACCAGCGCUUCAUAGGCCACGUGCCACUCCUCGCUGUUGCUCAUCGGAGCAACGUCGUCGCCGUCUCUGGACCCGGGGCAAGCCGCCGGAGGAGCAGCAGCGCCGCCGCCGCCGUCACUGGAGCCGGAGCAAGCCGCCGGAGGGGCCGCAGCGCCGCCGCCGCCGUCACUGGAGCCGGGGCAAGCCGCCGGAGGGGCAGCAGCGCCGCCGCCGCCGUCACUGGAGCCAGGGCAAGCCGCCAGAACAGUUUCAUCGGGGCUGCCGGACCCAUGGCCGCCCGCCGGAGCUGCAGCGUUGUCUCCAAGGGGUAG